AACAGAGUUAUUGAAUUACAAAAAUUAUACCAAUCAUCCCCAAAACCAUUAUGGAUGAAACACCCAAGAUCUAAAUUCUACAUCUAUCCAUUCUGGGCUUUAUUCACUGGUGUCACUGCCAUCAACUUAUACUACACUGGUCGUGCUAUCUUAGGUAUUAAAGAUCCAAAGAAAUAA